UUCGCCACAUAUCAGUUUCAAAAGCAUAAUGUCUCUCCAAGAGUUCUCCGGCGGGGAUGAUCGAGUCCACAUUGCCGGAAGUACUACAAAUGGUUUCGAUCCAAAAACCGGAAUAUAUCACUCCCCUCUCAACCUUGGUCCCCGUUACAAAAUCCCCGCCAAGCAUAACCUCGACACGGCCACAUUUGUUUUGUCGCAGUUUCCGCCCCAUCAUGAGGCCGAGUCGCGAGUUGCACUCAUUGACUCGGCCAACGAACGAGUCACCUAUGAACAGCUUCUUCAUUCAAUUCAUGCUCUUGCUUCAGGCUUGUACCAGGCACUUGGUGUUAGAAAAGGGGAUGUGGUUUUUCUCUUGUCACCUAACUCACUUUUGUACCCAACCAUAUGCCUGGCAGUGUUGUCAAUUGGUGCAAUUUUAACCACGGCAAAUCCAAUCAACACCGAGUCAGAAAUCGGCAAGCAAGUUCGCGAUUCGGGCGCCAAGCUUGCUAUUUCAUCUCCUGAGGAGCUUCACAAAUUGGUCCCAACUGGGGUGCCUACAAUAUUAACAUCAAGGCCGUUGAGUGGUGAUGACUCACUCACCAUUGAACAGUUGAUUGAAGGUUAUGAUCCCAUUCCAACCGAGUUAAUGCAAGCCCGUCCGACUCAGUCAGACACUGCUGCUAUUUUGUACUCCUCAGGGACUACUGGGACAAGUAAAGGUGUAGUUCUAACACAUGCAAAUUUCAUUGCCAUUAUCACAAUGCUCAGAUGGACGGUGGACAAAACAUCAGCACAGGACGAUGUGUUUUUGUGCUUCAUUCCUAUGUUCCACAUCUAUGGGCUUGCUUUCUUCGGCCUUGGAUUGUUUUGCGCAGGAACCACCACUGUUUUGAUGCAAAGGUUUGAGUUCAACACCAUGUUGGAUGCUAUAAAAACUCACAAAGUGAGCAACAUACCAGCUGUGCCUCCGGUGAUUCUUGGACUAGUAAAGUACGCAAGCAAAGCUGCCUGCGACUUGUCGUCUCUGAGGAGGGUGAGCUCAGGGGCUGCACCGUUGAGCAAAGAAUUGAUUGAUGAGUUUAGAGAGCGGUUUCCUUGGGUUGAGAUGAGGCCAGGCUAUGGCCUAACGGAAAGCUGUGGUGCAGCAACUAUUUUCAUUUCAGACAAGCAGGCAAAGGCUCACUCCGCCUCUUGUGGGGUGCUGCUGCCAGGUUUUUCUGCUAAGAUAGUGGAUAUCGAAACCGGGGAGGCCUUGCCGCCAUAUAAGGAAGGAGAGCUGUGGCUAAAGAGCCCUACUAUUAUGAGAGAGUAUUUGGGGAAUGUGGAAUCAACACUUGCAACUAUUGACUCAAAUGGCUGGCUGAAAACUGGUGAUCUUUGCUAUUUUGAUGAGGAAGGCUUCCUUUUCAUCGUUGAUCGGAUAAAGGAGCUCAUCAAGCAUAAUGGAUAUCAAGUUGCUCCGGCGGAAUUGGAGGCCAUACUUUUGAGUCAUCCUCAAAUUCUUGAUGCAGCCAUUACACCGUGUGUUGCUUACCUCCCUCUUUCUAAAUGCGAACAAGCUCCUUAUAUCUGCAUCCAUAUCUAUAUCUAUAUCUAUCUGUGUAUAUAA